AUGCACCUGUAUCUUGGGGAGGAGCCCCGUACUCUGUAUCUUGUCACUGGAUCGCACGAUGUUGGGCGACCGCGCCGAGCUUUGGUCUUCCAAGCAGCAGAACGGAAUCCAUCACAAGCAGUGGUCGAGUUUCUGCCGAAAGAGGAGGUUGAUCUAACGAAGACGGUUCGGCUAACCAACAGGGUAAUCAAAGGCUGUCUGGGCUUGGUUUCGAUCUCGAAUGAGCUGUUUCUUGCUCUCGUCACCUCCGCCACUGAAGUCGGGAACACGCGCCCUUCGGCGUCAUUGCCCGAAUCGGUGGCUAAAAUCCAUGAAAUUGCAUUCUACAGUCUUACGACUUCAACUUGGGAUGACCUAUCCUCUGAUGUACUACCAAGCCCCGGUCAGCCAGACUUCGCGGAUAUACCAAUGACAAGAGAUCCAUACGGAUCGAAUACUCCUCCUCCGGGCAUUGAACAUCCAUGCUCUCCUCUGGUAAAGAUCCUCUCUUCUGGAUCCUUCUAUUAUGCUCUGGAGCCACACUUUGAUCUGUCGUCGAGGCUUUCCCAUCGCCUUUCGGCACUAGAGAUUGAUUCAAAAGAAUCGAUGGCAUUCGAUGAGCGCUUUGUGUGGAACGAAUACAUCAUCCGUAGUCUUCUUGAUUUCCGGGAACGUUUGGAUGCGAAAGAACGGGAAGACUUUGAUCUCUGUCAGUUCCUGGUUUUGGCUAUUCAAGGCUACGUCGGCGUCUUCACAGUGCCUUUACCUGCCCCGCCUACCAAUGGUUCACCUAUUAUCGCCACCCUCACGCUAAUAUCUCGCUUGGGGAAAAAACGCGCAGGCACACGCUUCAAUACCCGUGGGGUUGACGAUGAUGGCAACACGGCCAAUUUCGUUGAAACGGAGACAUUAUUUAGCACGGAUCAACACUGUUUCAGCUAUGUACAAGUUCGUGGCAGCGUUCCAUUAUUCUGGGAGCAGCAAGGGAUGCAAGCUUUCGGCCAGAGAAUCCAAAUCACCCGCCCUCACGCAUCACAGCCCGCUUUCGACCGCCACUUUGCUCAACUUACAGAAGAAUACGGACCCGCGCAUGCUAUCAAUCUUCUUGGCACGAAGGAGAACGAGGCUAGCUUAACCACAGAGUACGCACGGCAUAUGCGCGCUGCGCAGACUAUCUUUGGCGAAGACGUCGGGAUAACCCACUUCGACUUCCACAACGCGGUGAGAGUUGGUGGCCACGAGAGUAUCAUCCGUGACCUACGGCGUCUGGACGGCGUGCGAGAGAAUAUUGAUCGGUUCGGAUUCAGCAUGUGCGACUCUACAUCUGGCGAGAUUAUCACGGAGCAGAAGGGGAUUUUCCGCACGAACUGCUUAGACUGCUUGGAUCGUACGAACUUCAUUCAAGAUAUUUUAUCUCGCAUAACAUUGGAACAGUACCUUGUUCUGGUACGGAGAGAAUGGCUUCAGUCCGCCUCGCUUUGGACAUACCAUCGCGAGCUAUGGGCCGAAAACGGUGACGCGCUCUCACGCAUAUAUGCGGGCACUGGCGCUUUGAACACCAGUUUCACCCGCAGUGGGAAACGUACGCUCGCCGGCGUACUCUCCGAUGCCACUAAGAGUGUGUCGCGUGCGUACAUUAACAACUUCCAGGAUAAAGGAAAACAAGCCGCCAUAGACAUGUUUCUUGGAAAUCUCAGUAAUCAACGCCAGGUCACUAUUUUCGACCCUAUCCAUGACUCCAUCCGUGCUGCUUUGGAUCAGCGGAUGUCGGAGUACUCCACCAUCAAGCCAUGCACUAUCUUUGCUGGCACGUGGAACCUGAAUGGCAGGCCUCCGUCAUCCGAGUCGCUGCUUCCGUGGUUGUUUCCCAGCUCCAAUGCUUCCGAUCCAGACAUAUUUGCAAUCGGUUUCCAAGAAAUUGUUCCUCUUACAGCGCAGCAAAUUGUUCAGACAGACCCUGAAAAGAGGCGUAUCUGGGAGGCGAGGUUGUUAGAUACAUUAGACAAACGUCCCAACAAGCAGUCACAAUACGUUCUUCUCAGAAGCGAACAGCUCGUAGGCACUGCACUGGUGGUGCUGGUGAAAUCAAACCUUACCGCUGUCCUUCGCAAGGUCGAGGCAGCUACCCGUAAGACAGGGCUGAGAGGUAUGUCCGGUAACAAGGGCGCAGUGGCGAUACGCUUGGAUUAUCACGAUACGAGCUUCUGUUUCGUGACGGCGCACCUCGCUGCUGGUCAUGGCAACGUGGACGAGCGCAAUGCGGAUUAUCACACCAUCGUUAAUGGCUUACAUUUCUCCAAAGGCAAGACUAUCGAAAGUCACGAAAACGUCGUAUGGCUGGCAGAUACAAAUUAUCGGAUUGAUCUCGAGAAUGGUAUCGUGCGGUCAUGUGCCGUCACCGAUCAACUUGACGUUCUCCUUGGCGCAGACCAGCUAAGAGCAGCGAUUGAUUCUCGCGCUGUAUUCGCGGGAUAUGAAGAAGGGCCUAUCCUCUUUCGUCCAACCUACAAGUAUGACGUUGGCACUGAUCAAUACGACACGAGCGAAAAACUUCGAGUGCCCGCUUGGACAGAUCGCAUCCUAUUCAAGGGGAAGCAUUUGGAUCUUAUGAUAUACUCCCGCGCCGAAUUACGAGGAUCGGACCACAAGCCGGUAUAUGCACUCUUCAGGUCUGAUGUUCGCAUCAUUGAUGCGGCGAAACGAGCUGCUCUGGCACAACUCUUAGCAGACAACGUACUCUCUACAGCUCCUGGGGAGAAACUCGACGAGAAACUGGCCAGUUUAACAUUUUAUUCGGACAGUGGCGAAUUGCCAGAGCCGAGCUCCGAUGUGGCAGCAUGGUGGGAUAUGCCUGACCAUCCAGGUGGGGUGUUUGCGAUACACGACAGUAAUGGACCACCCCGGUCAACAAACCCAUUCGAUUCCCUCGCCGGGUCGCCCAUCUCGUCCUCACCGUCGUCAUCGGAGGAGGAGAUCUACGCAGCGCUUCAAACACCUAUGGCUAUGGCCCCGGCCCUUAUUCCUGACGGCGGCAGUGCGUAUUCACGAAAACCUCCACCCGUACCUUCUCGGAGCACGAAACCCCCCGCCAUGCCCAGGGAUACGAGUGCAUCGUAG